AGCGGUCGUAGAACUCUGUCAUCUGCUGGGGACCGGAACCACUGAAGGACUCCAUGAGGCUCUUUACAUCGGCCACAGUUCUGCUGCAGUCAGCCAUGAUGAGGACAAGACUUCAGAACUGCUGCAGAACCCAGAAGCACCGACACACUGACAUUGAACCAGAACCCCCAGAACCAUGGCAACGAGUUCAGCCACCCGCCGAUCUGUGGGCCUCGUGUUGCUGUGCAUCCAUGUUUGGCUGUUGGAGGGAAAAUCUGCAAGAGUCUCUACGGAUGAAGACGUUCUGCUGCCGUACGUGGAGGAUCAUGGCCCUUCCCACUCUCACCACCAUGUCAGUGUCUCCCAGCCUCCGGGCCAUGGCGGGACCACGUACGAGACCUGGCCGUCCAGCAGCCACAAUACACUCCCAGUAGCUGAGUCGACUGUUUUCAUAUCAGAAGUACCAGACAGCUCGGGCAGGUCCCGCUGGGUCUACGGUCACAUGGCGCUGGUCCACGACCCACUGAGGACUCUGUCGGUGAUGGAGCCGGGCGGGCCGGGCGGCUGUGAGAAGAGCCGCAGGGCGACAGUGGAGGAGACGGCCGCGGCCGCUGGAUGUCUGUACGCUCAGAACGCCGGCUUCUUCAACACCAUCAACGACCAGUGUGUGGGCAACGUGGUGAGCGACGGGAGGAGGGUGAGGGACAGCGGGGGCGUGCAGAACGCCCAGUUCGGCAUCAGGAAGGAUGGAAGCCUGGUGUUCGGGUAUUUAUCACAGGAAGAGGUUUUGGACCGGUCCAACCCGUUUGUUCAGUUGGUCAGCGGGGUGGUGUGGCUGCUGAGGAACGGCGAGGUUUACAUCAACCAGAGUCUGAAGGCUGAGUGCAACAAGAUGGUCGACCAGGAGGUGUUUCGUGAUUUUGUGGACGUGCUGUCAGCGAGGACUGUCGUGGGUCACGAUGCAGAUGGUAACCUGGUCCUGUUCCAUGUGGAGGGAAAGACCCUGGAAAGAGGUAUGAAUCUCUGGGAGGUGGCACAGUUCCUGAAGAAACACGGAGUGAUCAAUGCUAUUAAUCUGGACGGAGGCGGGUCUUCCAGCUUUGUGAUCAAUGGCACGUUGGUCAGCUACCCUCCCGACCCAUGUAAAUCUGACAGCAGGUGGUGCUGUGCUCGACCCGUCUCCACCAUCCUGUGCGUUCACCCGCGGCGCUGCCAGCCGGCAAACUGCAGCGGACACGGAGACUGUGUGGACGGACGCUGUCGGUGUCAGGACGGCUGGCAGGGCGCCGCCUGUGACUCUCUGGUGUGUCGGCCGCCAGCCUGCGGUCCUCACGGUGUCUGCACUGCCGAUGGGUGUGUCUGUGCUGCUGGAUGGAGAGGAAAGAACUGCCGCCAAGAGUGCUCGCCAGGUUACUAUGGUGACGGCUGCAGACACACCUGCGUAUGCUUUAACGGCGCUCACUGUCACCACGUCAGCGGACGCUGCACCUGUCCUCCUGGUUUCCAUGGCAACCUCUGUGAACAAGUGUGUCCUCCAGGUCUCUACGGGCUGUCCUGUGCUGAGAGAUGUCAGUGUGGUGACCAGUGUCCAUGUGACCCGCGGACAGGAAGCUGCUCCUCCCUCAGUGGCGGUAGAUUAACAGGAGGUGUUUACUCCUCCACAGCAGGACAGUGUCUGGCUAAACAGAUGUUUGCAUUGUGGAGACAACAGGAGGAGGCUCACAGAGACGAACCUUACCUAUCAGAACGAGCCUGGCUCAUGAUCACCGUCACACUGGCCUCCCUGCUGCUGAUCCCACUGGUGGUUCGGCUCAUCGUUGCGAGCUGGAGACGGUUGAUUUUCAGUUAUUCCUACAGAAAAGUUCAACGAGCGACAUCAACGGAGAAGCACUGUCUGUCAGAGUGCCUCAUCUUUACUGACAACACAAGAGGAUCAGCGAGGCAAAUGUAGAUAAAUACCUCGGAGAGUUAUCCAAAAUACAUUUUACGUGCUAAUACAUAUGAAGACAUGCUGAGAAACAGCACUCAGAUAUCCAGUGACUAGAAAAACCUAGAAGAUGUUGAAGAAAAUGAAACAAUACAGAGAUGUGGACUGAAAUGAGUCAAGCUGGGCCCCACUGAAGGACUGAUGAUGAUCCGACCAUUGAACUACUAACUGCAACAACACCAGACUCCCUUAGGAUAUUGUACAAUUUUAAGAAUUGUUGCUUGAAGAGAAACUUUAUAAACACUAUGAAACUGUGUCUCUGACAGAUUCUGACUCAUUGUGUCCUUGUUGUAAAUUCAGCAUUAAACCAG